AAUUCGCAAAACUAUUAACUGUUGACUCUUGUCAGAUAGUGAGGGCAGAACAGGAGCGGCCACGGGGUUGAAGGCGCGGCCACCCAUGGAAACCCAUGAGCCUUGUGGUCAUCGUCUCGGCGACAGGGUUGAUGGAGAGCAGCAGCACGUCGUCUCCUGGAGCGAUAUCAUUGGUGUGAUAGGCCGUAGCCUUUCCAUCAAAUGCCUCCUGCGGCUGUCCAGGUCAGACUAUGGCUCCGUGGCGUGUCUGAACCAAGACUUCAAUUCGCUGGUCCGCAGUGGGGAGAUCUACCGCCUGCAUCGGAACAAUGGCGUAGAGGAGUACUGGCUCUACUUCUCCCGCAACCCUCUGCAGUGGGAUGCUUACGACCCACACUGCGGACGCUGGAUCGAAGUGCCCAGGAUGCCACAAGACGAAUGCUUCAUGUGCUCCGACAAGGAGUCCCUCGCUGUCGGAACCGAGCUACUGGUGUUUGGGAUGGCACACAUUGUAUACAAAUAUAGCAUCCUAACAAAUUCAUGGACACGGGCUGGUCCGAUGAACUCACCGCUUUGCCUAUUUGGGUCGACAAGUGCUGGUGAAAAGGCAUAUGUCGCGGGGGGGAUCGAUUCGCUUGGAAGGAAACUGAGUGCCGCGGAGAUGUACAACUCUGAGACACAUGCAUGGACACCCCUUCCUUGCAUGAAUGAGGCUAGGAUGAUGUGUUCUGGCGCGUUCAUGGAUGGCAAGUUUUAUGUGAUCGGUGGUGUUACCAACAACAACAAGGUACUGAAAUGUGGUGAGGAAUAUGACUUGGAGCGGGGGUCUUGGAGGGUCAUCGAGAACAUGUGUGAGGGCGUCCACGGAAUGGCCGGUGCUCCUCCACUCAUCGCCGGUGCUACUCCACUCAUUGUCGUUGUCAACAAUCAGCUUUAUGCAGCUAAUUACAACGACAAGGAUGUGAAGAGGUAUGACAAGCUGAAUAAUAGGUGGAUCGCUCUUGGAAAAUUGCCUGAACAUUGCGUGUCAAAGGAUGGUUGGGGCAUUGCUUUCCGAGCGUGUGGUGACCGGCUGAUUGUCAUUGGAGGUCCUAGGACUUAUACUGGUGGCACGAUUGAGAUUCAUUCAUGGAUCCCGGAUGAUCAACAACCGCCUGUGUGGAAUUUGGUUGCUAAACGGUCAUCCAAGAGCUUCCUUUAUAACUUGGCCAUGAUGGGUUGCUGAGUCCGCUGAAUAAAGAUUGAAUGCGGUGGAUAUUUAUGA